AUGAAGCGCGCUUUUAAAGAUGAUUGCAUACGUAUUGGAUGUAGUGCACAUUACUUGAAUAAGAUACUUCAACAUGCAUUCACCAAUAAUAAUGCAAAUUGCGAUGCUGCUCAAUUAUUAUUCAAACUAAUUCGAGCUAUUAUUACUAAUAUUCGUCAAUCUCAUAAGCAAUCUCUUUUAUCAACAUGUCUAGUAAAUUAUUCGGAUACACGCUUCAGUGGAAUAUAUUUGAGGUUUGAUUCAUUUUUGAAAGUUUAUUAUGAAUUACCACAAAUUCUCAGUGAUGAACAAAAGAAAAAUUAUUUGAAAGUUGAUUAUGAUAGUUUGGAAUCAUUAUGUAUAUAUCUGAAAAACUUUUAUGAUGUUAUUGAAAAAUUAAGUUAUGAAAAAACACCCACCAUUCAUCUUGUUAUUCCUUAUAAACAAUUGUUAAUUACUCUAUCAAUUAUUAAUGAUAAUGACGAUCAAUUAAUAAUACCUUUGAAGUUAUACAUCGCCAAAGAAUUAUCUAAUUAUUGGAUUGUGAAUGAUGUUCAUUUUAUUGCAACAACGUUGCACCCAAAUUUAAAAAGUUUUAAUCAUACACCACAUCAAAGGUAUCAUGCGGAAGCAUUAUUAAAAUCAGAAUUUGACAAAUAUCAGGAACUCCAACAACAACCGUCAUCAUCAAAUAAUAACAAUAAAAGAAAACAAAUCCAACAGCAAAAAAAUACACAAUUAGCAUCAUUGUUAGAUGAUAUAUUUGAUUUACCAAUAUCACCUGAUGAAUUAAAAGAUGAAGCAGAAACAAAAACAGAAUUUGACAGAUAUAUUGAAGAUAAAACCAAAAUUGAUAAAGAUAUGAAUAUACUAAUUUAUUGGAAGAACAAUAAAUCGUCGUAUCCCACAUUAGCUAAAAUAGCUAAACGUAUUUUAUCGAUACCAGCUACUAAUACAUCAGUCGAGAGGCUCUUUUCAGACAGUGGAAGCACAAUAACAAAUAGUCGUACACGUUUACAAACAAGCAAAGUAAAUCAAUUAUUAUUUAUACGUCGAAAUUUAUCAGUAUUAAGAGAAUUAUUUCCACCAUCAAUUGAACAAAUAAUAAAACGAAAAAAUAGUAACACAUCAACUACAGCAAUGAAAAAACGAAAGUAUUCAACAGGAGAAGAUGAUGAUAAGGAUUUAUCACAAGAAGAUGUAAAAUAA